GCUUUGUGGCCCUUUUUAGCUUGACAAAAAUAAAAGGGAAAUAAGACAAGUUCAUUGCUUCCUUUUUAUAUUUCUCUAAAGCAUCUUCUUUUUUCUCUCUUGUUUAAUUCUUUUCAUCAUUUUCAAUCUUGGCCGUGUUGCUUUACCCACGCUGUUCUCCUCUCAAGGGAACAUGCAGCCCAACCGACUUGACCUAUUAAAGAUUGCUCAAGUUCAAGAUGUCGAGCUUCGAAAAGGCCAAGACAUUACCGUGGGUACUUUGCACUUGACUGUGCAUCACCUGAUCUUUAAACAUUCAGAAGAACUUUGGGUGCCUUAUCCUAUCAUACACACUGUAGAAAAGCAACCACCAUCACUGCAGAGCGGUCGACAUCCACUGGUCAUUCGUUGUAGAGAUUUCACCAUGUUCACUUUGGGUCUACUCAAGGAAGGAGAAGCUCAGGACGUAUUUGAUACAAUUCAAAAGUUAGCAUGUAUCUCAUCUGUAGAACAACUUUAUGCAUACACUUUUCAACCUGAAGCGCCCUUUAUAACGGAAAAUGGAUGGAAUAUAUAUGACCCAAUUAAAGAGUAUGAACGUAUGGGUAUUGGCGCAAGUGACAAAUGGAGAUUUACUGUCAUAAACAGAGAUUACAAGUACUCACCUACUUAUCCACGCAUCUUGGUCGUUCCAUCUAAAAUAAGUGAUGCAGUGUUAACACAUGCGGCGAAAUACCGCAGUAAGGCUAGAAUACCUACUCUAUCGUAUUUACACUGGUAUAAUAAUGCGACAAUCACACGAAGCAGCCAACCUUUAGUUGGAUUUAAACAAGCUAGAUCAAUACAAGACGAAAAGCUGAUUGAGUCAAUUUUUUCAUCCAACGUGCCGACUGGACCCAAUGGAGAAACGGUAUAUGGAUCUACAGCAGCCAAUCUGAUCGUAGAUGCCAGACCGAUGGCCAAUGCAGUAGGUAAUGUAGCUAGAGGAGCAGGAACAGAAAAUAUGGACCAUUACCGCAAUUGUAAAAAAAUCUAUGUGGCUAUCGAUAAUAUUCAUGUCAUGAGAGAUAGCUUAGCAAAACUGUGCGAAGCCAUGCAAGGUGUAAAUAACAUAGUCAACAAAGUCGCAUUACAGAAAUCAGGAUGGCUAAAACAUAUAUCGACACUCAUAGACGGAACAAGAGAGAUUGUUAAAAGCGUUCAUGUGUAUAACUCGCAUGUGCUCGUACAUUGUUCAGAUGGAUGGGAUCGUACAUCACAAAUGGUAUCCCUAAGUGAAUUGUGCCUGGAUCCAUAUUAUCGCACGUUUGAAGGGUUCCAGGUGUUGAUCGAAAAAGACUGGGUUUCGUUUGGACAUAAAUUUCAGGAUCGAUGUGGACAUUUGACAAACGAGCGAUUCUUUAUAAACAACAAUGAUAAUACGACUGCGUCAUCCUUUAGAGACAAAUUUUACUACAACAACCAUCAAAAAGAAACAAGCCCGAUAUUUCAUCAGUUCUUAGAUUGUGUUUAUCAAUUGCUGUGUCUAUAUCCAACACGCUUUGAAUUUAAUCAAGAGCUAUUAUUGGAACUUCAUUAUCAUCUAUAUUCAUGUCAAUUUGGUACAUUUUUAUUUAAUUCAGAGCAAGAACGAAAUCAGUAUAAACCUCAGGACAAGACCUUUAGCAUUUGGGAUUACUUGAAUACACACAAAUCAAGGUUCAUGAACGAGUUUUACGAUCCAAUGAAAGAUAAGGACCUUGUCGAUGACGGAGGUGUCCUAUUGCCUGAUUCAACAAGAGUAAAAUACUGGGCUACUUUGUUUAAAAGAAAUGAUGAUGAAGUGAAUUCAGUCAUGUCACCUGAAUAAAGUGUAUAAAUAGUUACUUAUGACGUAGUGCUGACGUUCAAUUUUGUUUAUUUUUUCUUAUUGCUUGGCAACAGUGUUCAUGCCACCGUAUUUUACAGUUAAACGGAAAUCGCAAAAACGGGAAUUACAACAUACAUAAGCAUUAAAGAGGUAUAUCAUUUAAUUAUACACAUAGAAACAGAUGCUUUUUCUUGAUAGCCACUUUAUGAAUACUUAGUUGACAGCUUUCAAAAGUUUGUGUUGAAAGUAUGCAUCGCUCACUUUACUUUUUUGAAAUAAAGCCCGUAUAGUGUAUGCUUUUGUGUGU